AAACAAAUUAAAUCAAUCUUCCUUUCUCACUUCUUUCUUUCUCAAAAAAAAAUAAAUGACAACAAACAUAGAAAGCCUUUGGGUUUUUGCUUUAGCUACAAAAUGCAAAAUUUUCAACCCCAUCAAUUCCAUGUUGUUUGCACUUGUUUUUCUUUGCGUCUGGUUAAUCAUAAACAUGAUUUACUGGACUCAUCCUGGUGGUCCAGCUUGGGGUAAAUAUAACAAAUUGACAAAAUAUUUACUAGUAAAAAAUCCAAUUCCUGGUCCAAAAGGCUUACCUUUUAUAGGUAGCAUGUACAUGAUGACUGGUUUAGCACAUCAAAAAAUCGCGAAAACGACUGAAUAUCUCAAAGCUAAACGUCUCAUGUCGUUCAGCGUAGGUGAAACCAGAUUCAUCGUAACAUGUAAUCAUGUCGUAGCAAAAGAAAUAUUGAACAGUUCAGCGUUUGUUGCGCGUCCAGUUAAUGAGUCAGCCUAUGGGUUAAUGUUCGAUAGAGCAAUUGGUUUUGCUCCUUACGGUGUCUACUGGCGAACACUUAGAAAAAUUGCAUCCACACAUAUGUUUUGUCCGAAACAGAUUAAAACAUCCGAAGCUCAACGAUUUGAAAUCGCCAAACAGAUAGUGGCAAGUUUUAACGGGAGUUCAUGUAUACGGGUUCGGGAUGUAGUGAAAAGGGCUUCUUUAAAUAAUAUGAUGUGUUCUGUUUUUGGGCGAAAGUAUAGUCUCGUUGAGACUUAUUGUAACGAUGAGACUGAGGAGGUGAGCGAACUAGUCGAUGAAGGUUACGAUCUUUUGGGAAUGCUUAAUUGGUCUGAUCAUCUACCUUGGUUGGCUGAAUUUGAUCCACAGAAAAUUCAGCAAAGGUGCUCACAUCUAAUGCCUAAAGUGAAUCGGUUCGUGGGCAGGAUCAUCGAUGAACAUCGGGCUCAACCUAGUAACGUUCAUCGUGAUUUUGUGGAUGUUUUGCUUUCUCUUCAAGGCGCGGAAACAUUAUCAGACUCUGAUAUUAUCGCUGUGCUUUGGGAGAUGAUAUUCAGGGGGAGUGAUACGGUGGCAAUUUUAAUAGAGUGGAUAUUAGCACGGAUGGUACUUCAUCCUAAUGUUCAAUCAAAGGUACAAGAGGAGCUAGACAGGAUUACCGGAAGAUCGCGGUCUGUGAUUGAGUCUGAUAUAACCAACAUGGUUUAUCUACAAGCCGUAGUGAACGAAGUACUUAGGUUGCACCCUCCGGGCCCACUACUGGCCUGGGCCCGUCUCGCGAUAGAGGACACAACAGUGGAUGGGUAUCACGUUCCUGCAGGGACCACUGCUAUGGUCAACAUGUGGGCCAUAACAAGGAGUGCAGAGGUUUGGACAGAACCACUUGAGUUUAAGCCCGAAAGGUUCAUGAACGAGAUUGAAUCCGUAGUGUUUUCGGUGCUGGGGUCUGACCUGAGAUUGGCACCAUUUGGUUCCGGAAGACGAAGUUGUCCUGGAAAGAUACUUGGCUUGACCACAGUCACUUUUUGGGUAGCAUCGCUUUUGCAAAAGUUCGAAUUCAGGGCUCCUGAUGGAACCACAACAGUUGAUUUGUCUGAAGUACUAAGGCUUUCCUGUGAAAUGAACAACCCACUGAUGGUGAAGGUGCAAUCAAGAAAUUUAAAUAAAUAAACGCCUUCUCCAUUAGUUGUUUACGUUACUAUGUGUCUUACUAUGUUGUAUUGUUAAUUUGUUAGUUUAAAUAAGAAGUAUGUUCUAAUUGUUGGUUCUUUAUAUUUACCAUAAUGUAUUACUAAAUCCGUUAAUACGAAACAAAUUUUAUGCAAUAAUUAAUUAGUGUCA